GAUAAAGUUCGGCCAUAUUUGAUGUUACUUGUGUAAUAUCGAUUGUAUUUUUAUUUGUCGGUACUGACUACUGAAGAAUAAAAAACAAAGUUCAGUGAAUUUAUUCCUGAAAUAAAACCAUUUUGCUACGAAAGGAGCAACAUGGCUGAGGAUUUGGAUGUCGAGGCAAUGCUAGAAGCACCUUAUAAGAAGGACGAUGAGAUUAAUGGAAGGUCUAAAGAGAAUGGGGAAGUCAGCAAACAUCGCUCUUCAGACAAAAAACGCAGGAGUUCCAGUCGAAUCCGGCGCAGCACCAGCAGGAGUCGAAGGAGUUCUAGCAAGACACGGAGGAGUACGAGCAGGAGCCGGAGAAGUGCCAGUCGAAAUCGGAGAAGUAGAUCAAGGGAUAAGCGCCGUAACAGUAGAGACAGAAGAAGAAGUCGUACUCCUGAUAAAAAACGUGCCCGAGAUCACCAUAAUGCAAGAUCUAGGGAUCGUCGUUCUCCAAGUAAACCAAGAGAUAAACGAUCACGUUCAAGAGACAAAAGGAGUAAAUCAAAAGAUAGAAGGCGGCGUGAUAGAAGGAGUCGCAGCAGGGAUAAAAAGAGCCCUGUGGUGAAGAAGCGGUCACCUUCUCCUAUAACCAAGCCCCCUUUUCCAAGAAGGCCACGAUCUCCAUUAGGUUUACGAGGUACCUCACCUUUAGAAGAAUUGAGUCCUGAAGAGAGGGAUGCUCGAACUGUUUUUGUUAUGCAGCUGUCCCAGAGGAUACGUUCAAGAGAUCUGGAAGAAUUCUUCAGUUCUGUUGGUAAAGUGCGAGAUGUUAGAAUGAUAGUAUGUAAUAAGACCAGGCGCUUUAAGGGCAUUGCCUAUAUUGAGUUUAAAGAUCCAGAAAGUGUAGCAUUGGCACUUGGUUUAUCUGGACAGAAACUGCUAGGAGUACCAAUAAUAGUUCAGCAUACCCAGGCCGAAAAGAAUAGAAUGGGAAAUUCUAUGCCAAAUCUUAUGCCGAAAGGUAUGACUGGGCCUAUGAGGUUAUACGUAGGAUCAUUACAUUUCAACAUAACAGAAGAUAUGUUGAGAGGAAUAUUUGAACCUUUCGGUAAAAUAGACAAUAUUCAACUAAUAAUGGAUCCUGAAACCGGAAGGUCUAAAGGAUACGGGUUUAUAACAUUCCACAAUUGUGAUGAUGCAAAAAAAGCAUUAGAACAAUUGAAUGGUUUUGAGCUUGCUGGUCGUCCAAUGAAAGUAGGGAAUGUAACGGAAAGACUGGACCUACAACAACAGGGUCCUUCAAUUUUAGAUUCUGACGAACUUGACAGAUCUGGUAUCGAUUUAGGAGCCACAGGUAGACUUCAGCUCAUGUUUAAGUUAGCAGAGGGUGCAGGCAUGCAGGUACCUCAAGCAGCCGCUAACGCAUUAAGUAUGGCGACAGGACAACCUAUAGUACCCCAAGUUCAAACACACUCGACCCCUCCAAUAGCUACACAGUGCUUUAUGUUAAGCAAUAUGUUUGAUCCAGCAACGGAGUCUAAUAAGAAUUGGGAUAUUGAAAUAAGAGAUGAUGUUAUAGAAGAAUGUAAUAAACACGGUGGUGUAUUACAUGUAUAUGUCGAUAAAGGAUCUCCACAGGGGAAUGUUUAUGUUAAAUGUCCCUCAAUAGCUACAGCUGUAGCAUCAGUGAAUUCCUUGCAUGGACGUUGGUUUGCUGGCCGUGUUAUUACAGCGGCUUAUGUGCCGCUUUUAAAUUAUCACUCUUUGUUUCCCGAUGCUAUGACUACGACACAACUACUGUUACCGUCAUCUAGGAAGUAGAAUUAGUUGUACUACUAGAAUUUUUAUAAUUCGUAUUGUAUCAAUAAUUGUAUUUAAAAGUGUAGAUAAAUAUUUUAUAAAUUAAGUAUUAGUAAGUUACUUAGGUCUUUUUGUUUCUGGUUUAUAAUAAUGUAAUAUAUUUUGACUUUAUUAAUAAAGUUUUAC